UGAGCGCCUCCCUCCCGCAGAGACCUCCCCUUGCCUCCCCUGGUCGCCAUGGAGACCUCCCUCCCUCCAUGUCCCACGGCAUCCAUGGGAGUGUGUCUGUAACCUGAUAGGGGCGUGGCGGCCGGCGGACACCUGAGCUGAGCGGCCUGCUGAAUGUUUGAUGGAGUCUGUCAGAGCUUCAGAAACACCUGAACGCAUCGAUCGGAAGAGUCGACCACACAGGUGAUGGUUUCAGGAUGUCUGAAGGGAGGCAGCGAACCUUGUCCACCUCUGGAGAGUCUCUGUAUCAGGUCCUGGGUCUGGAAAAAGGCUGCAGCCAUGAAGACAUCAAGAAGUCUUACAGGAAGCUGGCGUUGCGGUUCCAUCCAGACAAAAACCCAGACAACCCGGAGGCGGCGGAGAAGUUUAAGGAGCUGAACAGCGCCCACGCCGUUCUGUCUGACAACACCAAGAGGAACAUCUACGACUCGUAUGGGUCCCUGGGACUGUACGUGGCGCAGCAGUUUGGAGAAGACAACGUCAACACCUACUUCAUGUUGUCCACCUGGUGGGCCAAGGGUCUGUUUGCCGUCUGUGGGAUCCUGACCGGAUGUUACUGCUGCUGCUGCCUCUGCUGUUGCUGUAACUGCUGCUGUGGAAAGCUGAAGCCAACACCCACUGCCGAUGGAGCGGAGCAAGAGUACGUCUCCCCUGAUGACCUGGAGGAGGAGAUCCGCAACGAUGGAGACAACAAUGACAUUCCCAUCAUGCAACAGCCGACUAACGCCAGCGAGAAAACACAGCUGAUCGGCGACGGACAUCGCAGAUACGGAGACACCUACACAUGAAGUCAGCUGACAGGAAACGCAUCACUGCUUCAACGCCCAUGUGACAGUCUGCCACGGACCACCAUCAUCAUCAUCCUCAUCUUCAUUAGGGAUGGAUCAACGACACUGAAAUCACUUGUAUUCACCACAAAACCUCAUGGUCCUCAGAUCAGGUUUUAUUUAGUUUUAUGAGUUUAGUUUUUAUCCUCCUCCUCUGGGUCUAUAGUUUCAUAACACCUGACACCAGUUGGUCUGUGAUUGGUUGGACUUGAAGCAGUGAUGAUGAGGAGGGGGAGCUCAAAGCAGCAGAUCACACCGUUGUUCUCAUUAUAAAUCCAGGUUAGAUUUGAGCGUUAGUGUUUUCCUGUUUGUACAUAAUGUUUGUGUUUGUGUUUAUCUGUGUAUGAGGGACGUGAGGACGUGUCUUUAAUUGUGUGGGACAUAAUGAAGGGGACGUGUCUUAAUGUGUGGGG